AUGUCCACACCGGAAGGCCGUCCUUCCUAUGAACCGCUCACCCCGCACAACACCUCUCCAGUAACACAGGCCUUGGACGACCCCAAUCCAGUACCCGCUGGGGUCGACCUCGACAAUGAGCCGGUUGAUGCAGGGUUAGCUCUGCCUGCUACGGCACCGCCUGUCAAUGUUACCGGCGAGCAUCGCGGCAACCGUGUGCGGUUCCGGUCGUUCAGCAGCUACCGCGAGGCCGACGACCGUGGGUUCACGACCGAGCCUGCACCUGCCGUGACCCGGCCUCCUAUUCUACGCAAUGACUCUGAUUACUCGGUUCGUUCCUACCAUUCCAUGAUGGACUAUGAUCCGGUCUCUGCCAAUGCAUCCGAGGCUUCCGCCGCAGACCUGAUCUCGCGGUCCCCGCCCGAUUCCGAUAGCCGACAGAACUCGCGAGAAGAUAUCCCAAUUCAUGAACUGGGCCAGCUCAAGGAGAAGCCUGUCGACGGCCAAAGUGAAGGUACACCGGCGACUCCUGACCGCAAUAUGUCUGUGCGCGAGCGUUUCCGCCACGCCGGCGAGCUGAUUCGUAAGAAGACGGUGUUUCUGGGCGAACGGCUGGGCCGGGAUGUCUACGAUGACGGCGGCGAUCUUGGCGCUUCUUUGCUGCCGGAUGAUUUGGAGGGUUCGUUCCCUCCGCUUCAUCGCUCGCGGCCGCACGAUGAGGAGAAGGCCGGUGAUCCCAAUGCGCCCGCGGAGCCGCUGCCCAGCGCGGAGGCCCACCGUCUCGUGCGCAGUGUGACCCAGAGCCAUGCCCGUCGCCGGCGGCCCCGGUCGGCGUAUGCGCGGUCCGGCGCAAGCACGCCGGAAGGGCUCCGUCCAGACUCCUGGUACGGGUCUGGCAAGUUUGGAGGCGGAGGGAUUCUGUCGCAGCUGCUUCGACUUCAGGCUGUGCAGAGUUCAGGUAGCACCAGUGCGCCUGUGAGCGAUGCCGAGUCCGAUACCGAGUCGCCAAUUUCCUCAGGUGCUGCGACACCGAAGAAAGAAAAGCUGAAAUGGUACAAGAAGCCGAACCACCAUUCGACUGCCUCGCUGGUCGGGGCGUCGAUGAAUCUGAGUUCGGCUACUCUACCUGCACCCGCGGAGGCAUUGAUGACCCCGAAGAGGGGCCGGAGAAAAGCAUAUCGCAAGACAAGACUGGAAGACGAGAUCCGGGUGACUGUGCAUAUUGCCGAGAUCCUUGCGCGCCAGCGGUAUAUUAUGCAGCUGUGCCGAGCCCUGAUGCGCUACGGAGCCCCAACUCAUCGUAUGGAAGAGUACAUGAAGAUGACCGCACGGGUUCUCGAGGUCGAAGGCCAAUUUCUCUACCUGCCUGGCUGCAUGAUCAUGUCUUUUGAUGAUCCAACGACCCGCACCGCCGAAGUCAAGCUCGUCCGUGUUGUUCAAGGCGUCGACCUCGGUCGUCUUGCCGACACGCAUAACGUUUACAAAAACGUCGUCCACGACCUCAUUGGCGUCGAAGAAGCGAUCUCUGAGCUUGACCAGAUCAUGUCCCGCAAACCCCGAUUCAACAAAUGGCUCCUUGUUCCGGCCUAUGGGUUCGCCAGUGUCGCCGUCGGCCCGUUCGCCUUUCAAGCUCGCCCCAUCGACAUGCCCAUCAUCUUCAUCCUUGGCUCCAUAGUGGGAUUCAUGCAGCACGUUCUCGCCCCCAAAUCAGUGCUCUACUCCAAUGUCUUUGAAGUCACCGCUGCCGUGCUGACAUCUUUUCUCGCCCGUGCUUUCGGCUCCAUUCGCAGUACCAUUGGCGGCGAAGAGCAAAAUCUCUUCUGUUUUUCCGCGCUCGCCCAGUCUUCUAUUGCUCUUAUCCUCCCUGGAUUUAUCGUCCUUUGCGCUAGUCUCGAACUACAGUCCCACCAGAUGAUUGCUGGUUCAAUCCGCAUGAUUUAUGCAAUUAUUUAUUCGCUCUUCCUAGGAUAUGGUGUAACUGUUGGAACAACAAUCUACGGUCUCAUGGACGGCAACGCGUCUUCUGAAAAGGAAUGCAAAAACCUCGAUGUUUAUAACUCGGUCUACAUCCAGAAAUUUUGCUUCGUGCCCCUCUUCGUCAUCUUUGUCGCCAUCAUCAACCAAGCGAAAUGGAAACAGCUGCCGGUCAUGAUCCUUAUCGCCCUAUGUGGAUACAUCACAAACUACUUCUCCACGACCAAGCUCGGGUCCAACUCCGAAGUCGCGAAUACAGUCGGCGCUUUCACAAUCGGUCUUCUCGGCAAUCUCUAUUCGAGACUUUGGCGUGGCCACGCAGCAGCUGCGAUCUUACCCGCGAUCUUCGUUCUCGUUCCCUCUGGUCUCGCAUCGAGUGGAUCACUUAUCGCCGGUCUCAACUAUGCGGAUUCAGUCCGCGAUGGGAUUGCGAGCGGGAAUACAAGUAAUAUCGCGAGUCAGGAUACGUCGAUUGCGAGUCUUGGUUUUGGAAUGGUGCAAAUUGCAAUCGGUAUUACAGUUGGACUUUUCGUCUCAGCCCUGGUGGUUUACCCUUUUGGGAAAAGAAGAAGUGGAUUGUUUAACUUUUGAUCUCGUUUUUUAUUUAUAAGGCGUUUUUGGAAUCUCUGAUGCGCUACGUACGGGACAUACAGGACGAUAUACGUACAUGAUGGCAUACAGGACAUAGUGUUUUCUCGACCAGGGUUCAGGUUCAGUUUUGUGAUUUAGCGAACUAGCAAGCGAGCGGGAUUUGGAUAGAUUUUACAUUUACACGCAUGGAUGAUAUUAGCGUUGAUAUAGCGAUGAUCUUAAUACCCAGCUGACAUCCAUCUUCGUUAAUCCAUUUCUUCGUCAAUGUG